AUGUUUGUGCUUUACACGAGUCAUUCCGAUUUCCAUCAUGGCGGAUCUUUUGGGCAGUGACGACUUUCAGGAAGAUCCAGCAGCCGAAUUUUUGGCCAGAGAACAAGAUGAUCUCGCCGAGCUUGGAGAAGAUUUCGGUGAAGAACAGCCAGAAGCUAAUGCAAUGAAUGGACUUCAUGAUGGAUUAGGGGGAAUGGAUCAUCAGCCAGUUGUUAAUGGAUUUGCUGAUGAAGAAAUUUCAGGUGAUCACCAGCCUGCUGUACCCCUUGCAAGAGAUUCUGAACCAGAGUCUGUAAGAAAAUGGAGGGAAGAAAAAGCAGCCCUUCUUGAGAAAAUGGAUACAGAAGAAAAAGCAGAAAUACAAGAAUGGCGUGAAAAAGCUAAGAAGGAACUGAAUGACUGGUAUGAGAGACGAGAUGAACAGUUAGGAAAAACACAAACAAGCAACAGGGCUGAUGAAGAAGCCUUUGUAGCAGACCGAGAUGACAGCUCAACUCCUGGUCAUGACUGGGAACGAGUGUGCCGCAACUGCGACUUUAAUCCAAAGGGAACAAAAAAUACUAAGGAUGUAUCGCGUAUGCGAUCAAUUUUCUUGCAAUUGAAGCAAACACCUCUCGUAAAGGAUUAGCACUGCAGUUUCUUAGUUAACUUGUAAUUGAGUAACACUUGUAACAAUUAUCGUUAGUCUCGCUUCAAAGCCA